UGCAGCAAUUCAAUAGUGAAAAGCAAACGAAUCCUCAAACGCAGUUCCAAAAUGGGCAUUACAAAAGUGUACGUGGUUGGUGUAGGCAUGACAAAGUUCGAAAAGCCGGGCCGCCGGGAGGACUUUGACUAUCCGCAAAUGGCCAAAGAAGCGGUCACAAAGGCGUUGAAUGAUGCGAAAAUCCAGUACAGCGAUGUACAGCAAGCAACCGUCGGCUAUGUGUACGGUGAUUCCACCUGUGGGCAGCGCGCUCUGUACGAGAUUGGCUUUACCGGCAUUCCGAUCUACAAUGUCAACAACAACUGCUCCACCGGCUCGACGGCACUGUUUCUUGCGAAGCAGCUGGUCGAAUCGGGCAACAAUGAUUGUGUGCUAGCGCUUGGGUUCGAGAAGAUGGAACGUGGCUCGCUAACCUCGAAGUAUCUGGACCGAACGAAUCCGGUCGAGCUACUGGUGACGGCAAUGGCUGAGAAUCAUGAAAUCACGGGCGCUCCAAUCUCGGCCCAGCUAUUCGGCAAUGCCGGUGUGGAGCACAUGAAGAAGUACGGCACCAAGCCAGAACAUUUCGCAAAGAUCGCGUACAAAAAUCAUAAACAUUCCACCAACAAUCCCUAUUCCCAGUUCCAGGACGAAUACACUCUGGAGCAGAUCCAAAAGUCACCGGUUGUGCACGAAAUUCUCACCAAACUGCAGUGCUGCCCGACCAGCGACGGUGCUGCUUGUUGCAUUGUAGCCUCGGAAAGCUUCGUCAAACGGCACGGUCUUGAAGCACAGGCAGUCGAAAUUAUCGCCAUGGAAAUGUCCACCGAUGUGCCUAGUUCGUUCAGCGAGGGAAGCGCUAUGAAGAUCGUAGGCUACGACAUGACGCGCAAUGCCGUCCAGAAGGUGUUUGCCAAGACGAACUACAAACCCCGGGACGUGGAUGUGGUGGAACUGCACGAUUGUUUCUCCGCUAACGAGCUGAUCACGUACGAAGCGCUCGGUCUGUGCGAACCGGGCAAGGCGGGCGAUUUUAUUGACCGUGGCGACAACACUUACGGUGGCCGAGUUGUAGUGAAUCCCAGUGGAGGGCUGAUCUCCAAGGGACACCCACUCGGCGCAACCGGAUUAGCUCAAUGUUCGGAACUUUGCUGGCAGCUGCGCGGCCAGGCCGAUAAGCGACAGGUAAAGGAUGCCAAGCUGGCCUUACAGCACAACAUCGGGCUCGGUGGAGCAGUGGUCGUGGGACUGUAUCGCUUGGGCUUCCCGUAUGCGAAGCGUCCGGUGAAUCCUAGCCUGACCUCGGCGGGAAAACUGAAGGACACGCCGGACGGUUUCCUGGUGACACCAUACAUGAAGGUGCUGGAGGAAGCGAUGCGCGAUGACAAGGACAACCUAAUCGAAGGUGUGCGAGGAAUCUACGGGUUCAAGGUCACCAAUGGACCGGACGGUGCUGAGGGAUACUGGGUGAUUAACGCAAAAGUUGGCAAGGGAUCGGUCCAUUAUCGUGGCACGGACAAACCCGACGUCACCUUCAUCAUGAACGAUAUCGAUGUCGUUGAUCUGAUUUCGGGCAAGCUGAACCCACAGAAGGCAUUCUUCCAGGGCAAGGUGAAGGUGCAGGGCAACAUGGGCCUUGCGAUGAAACUAAUGGAUUUACAAAAGCGAGCCAAUUCGCGCAUUGAAGAGCUGCGCGCCAAACUGUAGAAGAGUUACAG